AUGCAGGUUUGUGGUUGUGAAGAACUGAAAGACAAACUUCAUAUUUUCAGGUCCGGGUCACUUUCUGGAGGGUCGUCCUCUUCAUCUAAUAACUCCCAUUCUGAGACAGACUCGUCAAGGUCAAGAUCGCCCGUCAGGAAACACAAAAAACGUUCUGAAAGGUCAAGAUCAAGAGAGAAGAAAAAGAAAAAGAAAGAAAAGCACAAGAAGAGGUCAAGGUCAAGGUCCAGAGAAAGAGCUAAACGAAAGAAGUCUGAUAGAAGAAAAGAUACAGUGGAAAAACCCAGUGUCGACACAAAAACUGAAAAGGAACUUUUGAAGGCUUUGGAGACCCCAGAGGAGAAGAGGGCACGCCGAAUGGCAAAGAAGGAAGCGAAGGAAAGAAAGAGGAAAGAACAGAUGGGGUGGGACCAGGAAUACAUGGGUUACUCAAAUGCUGACAACCCUUUUGGAGAUGAACAUUUGUUGGAAACUUUUGUUUGGACCAAGAAAAUGUCAAAGGAAGGGAAGAAAAAUGUUACAGUGGAGGAGAUUCAACAGCUUCAGCGCCGCAAGAUGGAGGAAAAUAGGAGGGAGCUUGAAAAAGUGAAGAAGCGCAGACAAGAAAGAGAGAGAGAAAUGGAAGAGAGGGAGAAGGAAAGGGAGAAAAUGCAACGUGAAAAGGAGGCAGAAUAUUUCAGGGAAUGGGAGAAACAGGAAGACACUUUUCAUCUUCAACAAGCCAUGUUGAGAUCAGAGAUCCGAAUUCAAGAUGGUAGAGCUAAACCUAUAGAUUUGCUGGCCAAGUACAUCAGUGCAGAAGAUGAUGAGUUAGCCAUUGAGAUGCACGAGCCCUACACAUACCUGCACGGUAUGACCAUCACAGACCUAGAGGAUCUGUUAGAAGACAUUAAGGUGUACCUGGAGUUGGAGGAGGGGAAGAAUGUGGACUUUUGGAGGGAUAUCAUCAUCGUGACUGAGGAUGAACUGAAAAAACUUCGCAAACUUGAUCCCAGUAUACGAGAUCAUGUAGGGGAUCGCAGGGAAGGCAUUAACCAGGCUGUGACCAGUGAGGUGUCUAACGUGUUCAAAGGGAAGACGACCAAUCAGCUUCUGUUGUUGGAGGAGCAGAUCCACAAGAAGCUGCGUGGUGGAGAGGGUGUGGACAUUGGGUAUUGGGAAUCUCUUCUUCAGCAGCUUAAAGCCCACAUGGCCAAGACUAGGCUACGAGAAAGACACCAGGAAGUCCUCAGGCAGAAGCUCUUCAAACUUAAGCAGGAGCAAGGCAUUGAGUCAAACCCGCUGUUCCCUAUUGUGCAAGAGGGUAGUGUAUCUGAAAGGUCCCAGUCCCCAGGGGGGAUUCAGAAACAGGCACCUGCCAAAGAGGCAGACCUCAGACCUGGAGGAAGCAGCCAGAGCCCUGAGGCCGAACCAGGAAACAGUAACGAUGCCUCAGACCCCGAACCUGGCAACAGCAAAGAGAACCCCACACAAGAGGUGGAGAGUGUACUGACGGAGGAGGACCUGCUAGAUCAGAGUGUGGAUGAGUACGAGGCUGGCAAGUACUCCCCUAAGCUGAUCCGCCCAGAGGACUUGGACUAUGACACAGUCAUCUAUGAGACAGAAGAUGACCUGAAGAAGCUGGCAUUUGCCAGAGAACAAGUCCAGACCACUGGACGAGUGAAGAUGGACCAGGAGAGUGAGUUCAUCAAGAAAGCCAGAGAAGGUAUGAAUGAUGAGGAAGCCCAGUUCAGUGUGGAGGUGCCAAUAGAGCAGCAGGCCUUCCUCUGGUCUGACAAAUACAGGCCCAGAAAACCUCGAUUCUUCAACAGGGUUCACACUGGUUUUGAGUGGAAUAAGUACAAUCAGACUCACUACGACAUUGAUAAUCCCCCCCCUAAAAUAGUCCAGGGCUACAAGUUCAAUAUAUUUUAUCCUGACUUGAUAGACAAGCAUAAGACACCAAGCUACACACUGACACCCAUGGAAGACAACAAGGAUUUUUCAACUCUUCUGUUCAGUGCUGGUCCACCAUAUGAGGACAUUGCUUUCAAAAUCGUCAACAGAGAAUGGGAGUAUUCAUACAAGCGAGGAUUUCGCUGCCAGUUCCAGAACAACAUAUUUCAACUUUGGUUCCACUUCAAACGAUAUCGUUACAGGAGAUGAGACCCCUGUUGUG